UUUAUCGAUUAAUAAAUUGUACCAAGAAUUGACUAUUUAAAUAAAUAACUCGAAAUUGGAUAUUGGUGUGAAAUAUAGUCAUUGAAAAUAGUAUUGUAUAAUAAAAACGUAUAUUGAUUUAUGUUACGAAUGUAAAUAUUCGUAUUGUUCACUAAUUAAGUAAAGGAAUUUGUUUUCUAAAAUGUUUAAAUAAGCAAGGGUUGUUAACGUAACAAAUAAUGCUCUGUUGUGUUGUGUCUGAAAUAUAUCAGUUACCUCGGGUGUCUUAAUAUUGGUUAUGUUAUACUCAUAAUUAAACAAUUUCAGAGAAAAAGUCAUGAAUAGGCAUAAAAGUUGUAAAGAUUCUCGAAAUGCAAAUACAGUUGGACGAGCUCGUUCAACACUUAGUGUUUCAGCUGUAGAUUAUUACUUAAAUUUGCCUGUUACUUGUCCUCCUUCUCCAGCUGUUUCUACAGUAACUUUAACACCUGGUCGAUUAAGAAAUAUUGACCAGGACAUGGAAAAUUUGAGGGCAUCUCGACAGGAUAAUCCGUUUAUACAGCAAGUUAUUGCCAGUAGAGAAAGUUUAAUAGAUAGCUUAGAUACGGAGGAAGAAUCUGAUCAUGCAAAUUUAAUGUCUAAGGAAUUAUCUCUAGACUUAGAUAUUGACCCAUUGUCUCUUCCUGAAAUGCACGAGCAUAUGAUACGUAGUCCACCACCUACGAGUUGGCCAAAGUCUCCAAAUUUUAAAGUUUUUCAAUUUCCUCAUGGAGAGGAGGAAACAAUCUCAAUCGAAGUUAAUGCCAAAGAUUCAAAGACUUCUGAAUUGAAACCAAAACAUUCUAGCUGGGAUGGAACAGAUACAUCUCCUCUAAGAUCUCUUCCUAAGCCUCAUUUCCAUCAAGAUAGAUUUUCGUUACUUACACCAGGUACACUUCGGCCAUCAGGCGAAGACAGUAUUCGCUUGAUGGCAGAAGACUAAGAUUAUUCCUUUAAAUUUACAAACAUUCCAAAAGUGGUGAUAUAAUUGUACUGUCUAGUCAAGUAGUUCAAUGUA